AUGGAAAAUAUCAAUAUCGACAUUCCUAAAGGUAGUAACAACGAUUUCAUUUCACAGGAAAAGAGAACUUACGAUACUAUAAAAGAUGAUGACGAUAACGAAAGAAGAAUUAAAAAAUCAACAAAUACUCUACCUGAAUUUAAUAUAAAUAAGUUCUGUUAUAGACAUGAUCCAGAUAUUCAAUCAUCACCAACUCAUACCGCAUGUUAUAAACAAGAUUUGAAAAAAUUAAGAGAAAUUAAUCAAAGUUUAUCGAAAUUACCUAUAAAUGAACAAUCAGAAAUCCAUCACAUCUUUUCAAAAUUUAAUAAGUCAAAUGAUAAGAUUAGAAAAUUAAUUAUUGAUGGUAUAUUAUCAUCAUGUUGUUUCCCACAAUUAUCUUAUAUCUCUACAGAGAUAAAUGAUAUGAUUAAAAUUGAUUUCAUUUCAAUAUUACCACAGGAACUCUCAUUGAAAAUUCUAUCAUAUUUGGAUUGUCAAUCACUAUGUAAUUCAAUGUUAGUGUGUUCAAAAUGGAAUAUCUUAGCAAAUAAUAAUAUGAUCUGGUAUCACAUGUGUAAACAACACAUCGAUAAGAAAUGUCCAAAUUGUGGUUGGGGUUUACCAUCCUUAUUGAAAAAGAAACGCAAAAAUAAUACAGAUACCACUGUUACAAAUACACAUAAUCCAUGGAAAAUAAUAUAUAAAGAUCGUUUCAAAGUCGAAUUAAACUGGAGGAAAGCAAAUUGUGAAAUUAUAGAUUUCAAAGGUCAUUUGGACGGUGUAUUAUCAUUACAAUUCAAUUAUAAAUACCUUUUCACAGGUUCAUAUGAUUCAACCGUAGCAAUUUGGGAUUUAUAUAACAAUAUAUUGAUCAGAAGAUUGAAUGGUCAUACAGAUGGUGUUAAAGCAUUAUAUUUUGAUGAUAAAAAAUUAAUAACAGGUUCGUUAGAUAAGACUAUAAAGAUUUGGAAUUAUGUGACUGGACAAUGUAUCUCCACGUAUAGAGGUCAUACUGACAGUGUAAUGAGUGUUGAUGCAUUUAAGAAGAUUAUUGUCUCAGGAAGUGCAGAUAAGACGGUCAAAGUUUGGCAUAUUGAAUCAAGAACAUGUUAUACGUUGAAAGGUCAUACAGAAUGGGUUAAUUGUGUUAAAUUACAUCCCAAGAGCUUCACUUGCUUUAGUUGUAGUGAUGAUACUACAAUUAGAAUGUGGGAUAUUAGAACAAAUACGUGUAUCAAAGUGUUUAAAGGACAUGUCGGACAAGUUCAAAAAGUAAUACCGUUAACGAUAAUUGAUAUUGAGAAUCUUGUUUCUGAUAUUUCCAAUGAUGAAGAUUCAGAUGAGAAUAAUGAAGAUGAUGAGUUGAAUCAACCAUUAGAUGAUUCAAUACCAUACCCGACACAUCUACUUUCAUGUUCAUUAGAUAAUACGAUUAAGUUAUGGAAUGUGAAGACUGGGAAAUGCAUUAGAACACAAUUUGGACACGUUGAAGGUGUUUGGGAUAUAGCAGCUGAUAAUUUUAGAAUAAUUAGUGGAUCACAUGACGGAUGUUUGAAAGUUUGGGACUUGCAGAAUGGACAAUGUUUACAUACUUUCCAAGGUAGAAGAUUACAAAAGGACACUGUGCAACAGCAACAACAACAACAGGAUGAAAAUGCUACUGGUAGUAAUAAUAAUUCUUGCGAUGGCAAAACAUCACCAAUUUCCUGCGUUAGUAUUGGAGAUUCUGAAUUUUUCAGCGGUGAUGAAUCUGGAUACGUUAAAAUGUACAGAUUUGAUCAUGAAACGACGUGA